CGCACAAAGAAAUCGUGAAAAUAGCUGAACUGUUCAACCAUUCGAUGCGUUCUUCCAGUGGCGUAAUUUAGGCUCGGCUUAUUUCUUCUCGCGUAGGAUAAAACUGCUCUUUAAACAAACAUGAAACAAUACUUUUGUUUUUCGCAUCAUUACUUUAACCGCACCAACUAGAUGGCGCAGUACGCCGCCCUAUUAAGGCGUCCACGUUAUGGUUUAGACGCUUACAUAGUCUACACUUCACGUAUACUAUGUGUUCAUGUAUCUAUCCACACCGCUCUUAUUCAGCGUGACUGGGAGAACUCGAGCGCUCGAUCUCUCAGUGGCGUUUAAUUAAUUCUAUUAAUCAGUUUGUGCCUGUCCGAGACAGCUGCCAUUGUGGCCGAUGUGGUGCUCGCAAACUUGUGCUGCCGUCUGCCAUGCUGCACUUUCUCGGAACAUGGGAUACCGUCAAGAAGAUCGUGACCUCAGCAAGGAGUGAUAUCAGCUGUUUUCGGUGAACCUUGGGCAGUCCAUGAAUCGCUGCUAACUCGUGUUUCGGUGCUGACUGGAUCUUACGCGCCUGAUAUCGUAAAGCAUGACCUCCCAGAACUAACUACGGAUAGGAGGGUUGGAUUGCCGGACGCUAAAACCCCAGCGUCCAAGAUGCAUCGGAUCCUCGCAGGAAUCGCAAAGUCCGAUCACCCCGAAGAUGUGAAGCAGAAUCUAAUCGAAAAGAAGCUGAUACCGGCAGCGUCUCAGCCAAUGGCUCCCGACGACUGCGAGUCGCUGCUAGAGGUUUCGUGGAGCCUUGCUACCACUGGAGAGACAGAAUUCCUUCAGAAUGGGGGCAUUUCGGUUUUCACAGCAUUCUGUGAACAUCACAAGAGUGCACUGGCGCAGUUCUUCACCCAGUCUCACCUCAUCACGGCCCUUACUUCACCAGGAGUCAUUCACAAAGACAGGAUGCUCCAGCUGCUCACGGGAGUGCUGUCCCAGAUGGAGCAGGAGCCCGUCUUUCCCAAGCUGUGCUGCGUCGUGCAGACGCGCUGCAUCAGCCUGCUCAAGGAGACGUGCGGCUCGCUCUCCGUCUGCUGCUCCAUGGUCGUCAUGCUGGAACGCUUCCCCCAGUGCCUCCCAAAGGAGGAAUUCCGGGGCAAACUGUGUUCAGUGCUGACCCAGUGCAUCGUGGCUUCGCCGUGUCCUUCCCAAGCGCAAGACCUCAAGCCUUACAUAACGGACAUCAACCGCGUGUCCACGUUCCUCAAGUCUGUGUGGACACUUUCGGAGCCAUCGCUACGGAGAACGCUUGAAACUGUCUCGGUCAUACUGACCAGCAAAAAUGAGAAGUUUUCAUCAGCUUUGGCGGCCAUUGUUGAUCUGCUCCCGUCCAGCCUGGUCCCCGCCGCCACGAGUUCACUGAGCAGGAGCCUGGCGGGCGGCGUCGACGUGGAGCCCCUGGUGCUGGCGUCGGAGCGGCUGCUGGCCUGCCUCAGCUGGCCCGGCACCUCGAUGGUCCACGUCUGGGUCCUGGCCGCCCUUCAGGGGUUCCUCUCCAUGGGGCGCUUCGGCGCCGUCCGAGACCUCUUCGAAUCCCAAGUCAAGUCGGUGUUCGUCAGAGUGACUCACCCGCUGACGCGCAAGUGUGCGUUUCCGGUCCUUUCCUUCAUGCUGCUCUCCUAUCAGCACUCGCCCUCCCUCUUUCACAAGGUUGUGCCCGACGUGCCCCAGCUGAUGAAGUUACUGAAGAAGGAGAAAAACGACGACGCCGCCCUGGAGGUCGCCAGUUUGUCCCAGACCCUUAUGUACGUCCACUCUGGCUUCCCGGAUCUGUACGAUCCCGUCUUGGACGCACUCAAGGAGUUUCCGUCGCCUCGCCAAGAAGAGAUGCAGAACCUUCUGGCGAUGUACCGCAUGGACGUGCCGCAGAAGUACGUGGGGGGCAUUGUCGGGGACGUCUCGACAGUGUCUCGGCGGGAGGACGAGCUCGUGGGACUCGUGAAUCUGGGCAACACGUGCUACGCCAACAGCGUGCUCCAGGCACUCUACAUGACCUCGCGGUUACGAAACGAGCUUCUCCAAACCAACAGCAUUCCAGCAGGAACAAACUUGAAGAGGCUACAGGAACUUUUCGCUUUCCUGAUGUUGUCGCAGCGCCCCGCCGUGUCUCCCGAGAGCUUCCUGAGCAAGUCGAGGCCGUCGUGGUUCGAGUGGGGCGAGCAACAGGACUGCUCGGAGUUCCUGAGGUUCCUCGUCGACUCUCUGCAUGAAGAGCACAGGGCUCACCGUUUGUGGCGGCCCGCCGCUGACCCCAAAAGUGGCGGCGCCUCCGCCGCCGCCGGUCGGACUCUCGUCGAGGAGGUGUUCGGGGGUUCAGUGAAGACGACGUACCACUGCCUGACAUGCGGUCGCGACAGCGUCAACGAGGAAGCCAUCAUGGACCUCCACCUGGCGUUUCCGGAGGGGUCGGUGACCAAGGACGGCGGCGGCGCGGACGCCAAGUCGGGUCAGAGGAGGCUGGCGAGCAAGGAGGGCGGUGGCGAGGAGGCGGCGGCGCCACCGAGGCCGCUCUCGGUGGAGGACCUGCUGGAGAGUUACUUUGAGCCGGAGAGCAUGGAGGGAGACAACAAGUACCACUGCAAUGCCUGCGGCGCACUGAGGGACGCCCGGCGAACGGUGGCGCUCGCCGAACCUCCCAGACACCUCAUCCUGACCCUGAUGCGUUUCUCGUACGACAACGCCACGCGGACGCGCUCGAAGAUUCUGCACAACGUGGCCUACCCCAAACUCCUGGUGCUACCCGAAAACUGUGGCUUGGCGGAAAGGGCGGCCUACGCCCUCUACGCCGUGGUGGUCCACUCGGGGACUUCGGCGGAUCGGGGCCACUACUACACUUACGCGCGACACUCCAGCCAGGAAUCGCUGUCCCCGCGGAAGUCCGCCUACCGGGCGAGCACCAGCGACCUCGAUCCCCUGUCGAAGAAGUGGUACCUGUUCAACGACAGCCGGGUCUCCAACGCCUCCUACGCUACCUUCGAGACGCUGACCCGCCGUUUCCCCAAGGACACCGCCUACGUGCUCUUCUACAAGCACGUCAACUCGUCCCUGGCCUAUCAGGAGGCGGCCCCGACGUCCGACGACGUCCAUGUUUCCCUCAGGAGCCUCGUCGAGCUCGACAACACCAAGUACUUGGAGGAACAAGAGGCCAAGAGCAAGCGUGCACGAUUUUCAUACAGUCGGACCAAUCACAACGGGGACUUCUCCGAAGGCGGUCCCUCUCCGCCCUCGGGAGGCUGCGGAGGCGGCAUGGGUGGCGGUCUGGGCGACUUCCCACGUGUCGUCUUCUAACGCCCCCCAACGAACUGACUUUGCACACUGGAGUCCGGCAUCAUUCUCGUUUGCGAGCGAGCCAAAUUAAAAGAGCGGCCUUUUCAGCAAUUUCUACGCCUGUAUGCCAGGGUCGUGUGUGAUUGGUCCUUGUCGGUUUGAGAUGGUCUAUUCGGUUGGGUCUUGUAUCCAGUGUUUUUUCAAACAGCGUUAAAGGAACAGGGUUUGUUUCUUUUUAUGUAGCAAUGAACCAAUCAGGACAGUGCUUAAUCGCAACAAUGUGUAAAAAGGAUGUUUGAGAGACCCAGAAGACGGUCAUAAACUUGUGGAUCACACAGAUUUGACAAUGAUUUUUUUUUUCUUCUGUAGAUAUAUACACAAGAUGAGUGGUUGCGUUUUUGUUAAUUUAUUUUUUGGUAAUCUGUAAAUACCCCUUUGGCCUUUACAGUUCUAACUUGUUCUUCAUUUGUAUUGUUUGUUUGUUUUUGUUGAGCUUUUGCUGACUGCCUGCCUUUUUUUGGAUACUGUCGUAAAUAAACAUUUGAUAUGGUUGGAUUGGAGCAUG